AUGACUACUUCCCAUAAGAAAAUUGCGAUUUUCUAUACUGAUCAUGACGACGAAUGGACUGAUCCCUAUGGUAAUUUCGUGGACAUGGCUCAGAAAUUGUUAAAUGAGACCAAGGAUCAUCCAUCAGAUGUUGAAUAUAAGAUGUUCCACAUUUAUAACAACGAAUUUCCAACGUUAGAAGAAUUAGGUAGUGUGGAUGAGAUGGGAGACAGUAAUUAUAUUGGGAUAUUCAUUACAGGAUCUCGUUAUGAUUCCUUCGAUCAAACCACCGAAUGGAUCAUUAAAUUCAGAACAAUGUUGGAUCAUCUAUUGAAUGAUAAUGAUGAAAAUAAUCCAUACCCACCUAUUGUUGGUAUCUGUUUCGGCCACCAAGCCAUUGCUAAGACAUUAGGUUGUAAUGUCGAUAGAAACCCGUUGGGAUUCGAAGGUGGUGUGGUUCCUAUCGAUCUUAAUGAAACAGGCCAAACGAUCUUUGGAACAACCCAAUUACACCUCUCUGAAGUUCAUAAUGAUAUAGUAUUUGAUGCGCCAAAGGAGAAGGGAUACAUGAAUUGGGGUUCUUCCGACAAAUGUAAGAUUCAAGGUUUAUACAAGGAACACAAAUUAUUAACAUUCCAGGGACAUCCUGAGUUUGUCAAUGAGAUAGCUGCGAAGGGUGUAGAGAAGACAAGAGCUAAAUUGAAAGGUAGUGAUACAAAGGGUAUCAACACAGAUGCUCAGUUAGAUGAAAUGGUUGCAAAUACCAAAAAAUAUCAGAACGAUGGAAAACUAGCCUCUAGUAAAAUAUGGCAACUGUUCUCGCAAAUAUUAUAG